AGCCCGAUCCGGCCGGCAAUAUCUAGGCCGGACGACGCACCGCCUAACAAAGACAUCAUCAUCAUCAUCAUCAUAGCGAGAGAUCCCAUUUUCAGUGUGAAUGUUCUCUUAAACACCCUCUGUUUACUGUCUCAUCAUUCUUUUCGACGUAUACUAUUUGCAACAACUGAACCAAAUUACCACCCAAGAAGUGACCAUUAUGUCUACCUCAAACAUGCGAUCAAUCAAUCAUAUCGGCGUGUCCGUCCCGGACAUUGAAGCCGUAGUAAAAUGGUAUAGCGAAAUCAUGGGCUUUGUCCUCGUAAACGGCAAAAUCAAGCACAUCAAGCGCUCCGAGACACCAGACGCGGGAAUCUUCAAAAUUUACCCAGACUCCUUGCAAGAGGUUAAGCUGGGAUUCAUGGCGACUGGCAACGGUGUCGGGUUUGAAGUUUUUGAAUUCGUCGACCCAGCUUACAAGAAGGCCGACGAUUUCGCUUACAACGUGGGCGGCUUCUUUCACUUGUGCGUGACAGACGCUGAACCAGAGGCUCUUUUGGCCCGGGCUAUACAAGCCGGGGCCAGCAAGAUUGGAGAGCCGACGCUGAAUCCGCUGAGCGGCUCGAGGUGUCUGUAUUUUAGGGAUCCUUGGGGAAACGUGUUGGAGAUUUUGGAUAUGAGCUUCGAUAGGAUGAGUGCGCUGGAUGCAGUUUGACAACCAACGUCGAUGCGGUUGCAAUCGCAUCUAUAGUCGUGUUGACCAUAGCUUUAUGAUGUCAGAGAAUGAAAGACCAAUCUCUAU